GCUCAUUAGUCACAGACUGUUUGUUGCGUAUCGAGAAGAAGUGUUGUGUUUGCUGAUGUUUCCCUCGUCUGGUCUUUUUGCUGAUAUAAACUGUCCAUUCUCAAAACGUGGGCUUUGUGAGCGACCUCACUGUUUGUACAAACAUGCCACGGAACUGCGGGAUAAAUUUGGUGCCAAGUCUGCCAACUAUAAAUCAUCGAUAGUUGAUUUUGCAGGAGUUCAAAAUGGCUAUGCAGUGAAUGAUGAGACCAAAGAUGACUGCCUCCAAGAGCUGGAGAGGAUCAACAAGGAGAUUGAAACUGUAAGGCAUGAGGUAGAGCAGGAGCAAAAGCGACUGUCACGCUACCAGACCGUACAGGCAGACAGCAAAAACACUGCUACUCUUUCCACGCCUGAGACUGGAGGUAAACUUAAAGGUAAAGGUACCUGUGGGCGGUCUUCAUACACAACCUUUACAAAAACGUACUCCCGAGAACGGAAGUACGUAGUUGACAAUUCAAAACCAAGGACUGAUUUGGAGUAUGACCCUCUGUCCAACUUUUCUGCUGGCAUACGGUCCUACAGCUCAGCAGGUAAAGAGCAACAAGGAAAAAGUGGACAAGGUUUGAAAAGGGCAAGAAGUGCUGUUCCUUGUGACCAAAAUAAACCAGUUUUAUGUCAGCCAGAGCCUUCCUGCUCACCUUCUCCAGAGCCCCUUGAUGACUGUAAUGAAGACAGCGUCCUGAUUAUCGAUAUUCCUCCCUCGCCUGACAAAAAAAGAGUGAGAGCUCAACAAUCUGGUGAUUCUGUUGCUGGCAAAUACCUCAAGGAAGAAGCAGACAAAUUGGAGGUUAAAAAAACACAUAUUUUACUUCUAAACACUGAGGCGUGCAAAGUAACAUCUCAACCCGCAUCAAAGAUAAAAGGAAAUAGACUUUCUAGUAACUGCGUAGCUGAAAACACGAAAAGUCGUAUUAAUGUUUAUGAGAACAAAGAAUGUGAAAAUAUACCAGUUGAUGGGAGUGUGGUUCAGUUAACUGGCUUUUCAGAAGACCUGCGAUGUGAAACUCAGGAAAUGACUCACUUUCAGGCUGCAGAAGAAGUAUUUGAGAAAAUUACUGGACCUGCAAGUCCUGCCAACUUAUACCAGCAAGUUAACGACUGGAACAAUCUGGUGUUUGAAAAGGAAGAAAACCCAUUUCAGUUUGAAUUUCCUCAGUGUGAGCUCCCCAAUUUUGCUGAUAAAAUGAUUCUACUGCAGUCGCAUAAUUUUCCACCAAAUAAUUCAUUUUUUUAUAACGCUCCAGAUGCUAAUUCAGGCUCUCUGUGUACGCAAGAAACCAAGCAAGCCCAGGCAGCAGCAGCAGAGCAGCCUGUUCAGAACAGGCUUAGUUAUCAGCCAGGACAGAUGCAGGGUCAAGCUGCUGCAUCUGAAAACUACCUGGAGCCAGCAGAGCCCACUUCAGACCAUGGCAACGGUCAAGCUUGGUAUGAGUCAUCAGCAUCAAAUAUGAUCACUGGAGCUGAAUCGGCAUCCCCAUCCAAUGAGGGGGCAAUACUCAUUAGUUCUGGCUCUGACGAUGAACGGAACUAUUCGGAUAUGGAGCUGUCGGACAGUGACCCAAUGGAGGAAUGUUACAGGAUCUUCAUGGAGGCCAACGAGAAUAAUGGAAAUGAGGAGCAGCCCGAUGUAUCUGUUGGAGCUAUGGAAGAAGAGAAGACGAAGUUAGAUGUCAAACAACAAGCAUUGCCAGGAAAGAAGAGGCUGGCUCAUGAAGCCAAACGUAUAGAGCAGCCAGCGAGUAAGAGCAGACCUCAACCCCAGGUGCUGGUUCCCCUGCGUGGGCCUGCGGUGUCAGGAUUUGCCUCACAGCCCUCCAUCACCCCUGAGAUCCAGCAGGUACAGCAGAGAGCCUCCAUGCUGACGGCUUCAGUUAAAGGUGUUCAGUCUCUGGUUCACUCCAACUCUCAGAGGAGGCUAGAGACCCAGGUUGCACCUUUGCAUUCAAUUCAAACACCUGAAAGCCUGCAGCCUGUUCCUGUGCAAAAUACUUACAUGAACUACAUAUCUUUGGGAACGGCUGUGAUCGGAGUGGGCAACAACUUGCACUUGAUCCUCCCAGAAGGCACCUUUCCUCUGCCUGUCACUUCCAGUUCCAGCCAAGUUACUUCAGUGCUAACCCCAAUCAGUCAUUUGCCUACAAGCUAUGGCGCUGUAAGACCAAUGUACCAUCUACCUGCAGUAACCCCCAUGCAAAGAUACCGCACAACAGCACCUGUGCUCAUCCCUGCGCCGGCACGUAAACCUUCACUGACCUCUGCCUUUGCAGCAACACUUUCAAGUCCAGCCGCUUCCACUACCUCUCAAACUGCUGUCCAUGCUGGCCUUAAGCUGGUGCCUACUAAACGUAAGAUGAAGCAGCAGUGCGAGACGGUCAAAGUUCCCCAUGACACCCGACAACGUUAUGUCAACUUGUUCACAGAGGAGUUCCUCAAGACAACAGCCAAUGUUAAUGAUGCCUUUGAAAAGGCACUUGCUGAAGAGAAGGCUGUGUAUAAUCGCAGUAUGAACAAACUCAAAUAUAUGAGUGUUGCUGUAAAUGCACUGAAGAAGCUGAAGAACCAAGUUGCCGUUGCUGAUAAAGAUGAAAAUGAAGUUAACAGCCAAAAAUCCAAAGGCAACAUUCCCCUUAAUCUGAAGUUUAAAGGAAAUGAUGAUACGGCAUUGUAUGAGAGUUUGAAGGAAUAUGUUUUGUCUGAGGAAACGCUGGUUGAGAGCAACUUUCCUGUCCAGCACCCAGAGAAACAUGGCUGUGCUGUUCUUUUUGCUGACAACAAGAAAGGCCACGCAGACCCCCUCAAGAGGAUCUGCUGCCGAUGUGGUGCUACAUACUCUGUGAGCCAAACGGGCAAGCACAUUCGCAAGGAGGAGUGCAACUACCACUAUGGGAAAGGAGUUACAAAGAAAGUGCCAGGUGGAGUUGAGACGCGCUACAGCUGUUGUGAGGGAGUCAUGGGAGCACCUGGAUGUCAGGUGUUUAAGCUGCAUGUCCAUGACUUCAUCAGCAUGGAUGGGUUUGUGUCGACCGUCCCCAGAUGUCCCUCAGAUACGAGCUGUCCUGGGGUCUACUCCUUGGAUUGUGAAAUGUGUUAUACCAUUCAUGGCCUGGAGCUGUCCAGAGUGACUGUAGUCAACUGUAAUCUGCAAGUUGUCUAUGAUGCCUUCGUCAGACCUGAUUAUGAAGUCAUUGACUAUAACACCAGGUUUUCAGGCAUCAGUGAAGAAGAUCUUAAAGGGAACCACACCUCCCUCAGAGAGGUGCAGGAGACCUUAUUGAGCUUCAUCAGCACAGACACCAUUCUUAUUGGACACGGCCUGGAAACAGACCACUAUGCCUUGAAGUUGCUCCAUGGGAUGGUGGUAGACACAUCAGUGGUCUUCCCACAUCGUCUGGGCCCCCCUCACAAGCUGACCCUCAACAAACUCACCGCUGAUUACCUCAGGAGAAUCAUCCAAGAGAGUGUUUGUGGCCAUGACACUGCAGAUGAUGCUGCUGCCUGCAUGGAGCUUAUGUUAUGGAGGGUCAAAGAAGAUGGAAAAUUCAAAAAAUGAUGGAAAUAAACCAUGAUAAUUGCCACACUUUUCAUACAUGAAUAAUAAAACGCUUGCUGUCAUGCAAGUAUGUCACAUCUAUUUUGUUCUAAAAACAUUGGAGGGCUGUUUCUGUUAUUUGUUUACAUCACUUGAUUUAUGUUAGUUACAGUAUUUUCUGUAUGUUACAUUUUGCUUUGCAGCCCAUGUAUCCAUGCCUGUAUACAUAAUUGUGAAAUCCUGUAGGAUGGGGUGUCAUCAAUAUUUUCCAAGUAAAGGCACAUAAUGAAAUCAAUUUGUGUGAUAUUUUUUUUUUAAAGAAGCUCUCAAUCGCCAAUGGGCAUUCACCAUUUAAUAUCUAAUUGGCCUCAGGUGUGCUAUUACAAAUAAGAGCACACCUGCAUGUAAUUAAAGUAAUUACUAGUAAUUUAAAUACAUGGUAUUUGUCUAUGUGAAGGCUAAGAUUGUAUUGAUUUGUUACAGACUAUGCUGACUUGAAUUCAUUGAAAUGUAUAGAUCAACACAUGGCACAUAGGAGUUUCAUUACUAUGCUUAAAACUGAUUUGAAUUGUUUUACUCUUUUCAAUAUAUUGCUUUAAUUUCUGAUGUCUUAAUUAUUCUUCUUAAGCCACAAAUAAAUCCAUUGUGGAACAUAAAA